CAUGAGGAAACAUUCGUAGUAAUAGUACUAGUACUACCGCCAAAGCUAAUCUACUAUGCCUCACGUUCGCCCUACUCAUAUUGAUCUUGCUUCAAUCCUUGCAGAACAAAACCCCUCUGUUGACCUGCGCCUGCACGCAUAUGAAACCUCCACAUCUAAUUUUCUCAGAGCGGUUACCAACUAUGCAAACCGCGCAGUAGCGGAAAUUACCAAACACAGGAAUGCCCAGGAGGCGGAUAAGAAGCGGUUGGCUGAGAAGACUGCUGCAGUAAAGGCUGAAACUAACCAGUGCAAGGUGAAGGAGAUCGAGCUGUUGGCUGUGAUGGAAAGGGAGAAGGAAGAGGUUCGAGAGGCUGAGACAUCAAUUACUGCUCUGAAACGCCAACUCGCAUCGAUCCGUGAAACUUGCCAGUCCGUCGAUGCAGAGAUAGAGCAGUAUCGUGCUCUAACUGCCAAUCUAAGACGGGAAAAAGAUCGAGAGCGACAGACGCUAGAGACGCAUGCAGCACAAUUAGGGCCAGAAUUAAACGCCUGCGAAACACGUCUACGGUGUCAUAUCGAAGGAAUAGAGAAAGACCGGCUCCUCAUCCGAUUUACACACAUUGACAAAGUUGACAUUGACCGAGAGUUCAGCUUCGUGCUCGAUGUUGCAUCCAGAUCCAAUCAAGUGAUAACGACAACACCGCCCUUACCCAAUCUCCCCAUACUGCUCAACGAACUCAACGAAACGAGAGAUAUAUACCGAUUUAUCAAGUUGAUGCGCUCGGCAUUUGCCCAGUUGGUGGAACAGUGCUAGGGGCUUAUCAUAUCUUAGAUUAUCAUAUCUCGGAUCGGAUAUGAAUGAACAGAUAGCAAUAUAACAUA